AUGAAGUUUCUGUCGGUCAUAUAUCUGUGUUUUGCAGCGAUAAUCUCAGUCUCCAAUGCUGCAGAGCUGGUCAAAGAGGACACCAUUGGCGAUAUUUGGGAAGCUAUUGAGUCAGCGACUACGUGUGCGGGAUGCAACGCGAUACUAUUGCUACUCAAAGGCGUCGCGGCUCUUGGAGAUACCAUCUUUGUUGACACCUUAACUGAAAUAUGUAAACUGGCUGGCGUCGAGGAUUCAGAUGUUUGCGCAGGUGCAAUUGGCCUGGAGGGGCCAAUUAUUGCACAAGACUUGAGAAAAAUGACUUUAGGGUCACACACUUCACAAUUGUUCUGCAUCACAUUCUUUGGACUAUGUGAUUUUCCUGCUGUUACUCCAUAUACAGUACCAUUUCCAAGUCCCAAGCCUGCUACCCAGCGCCCAGCUGUUAGUGGCAAAACACCCCUGAAAAUCGUACAUUUCAGCGACAUUCACGUGGAUCACGAGUAUGAAGUUGGCGCGAAUACCAAUUGCACAAAGCCUAUCUGUUGUAGGCCAUAUACAUCCGCCGAUGCGCCUGGUAACAACUCCUAUCCAGCAGGCGAAUAUGGCAACUACAACUGCGAUGCUCCUGUAAGCUUGGAAGAGAGUAUGUACGCGGCUAUAAAGGAGGUCGCUCCAGAUGCUACAGCAACACUCUUCACAGGUGACAUAGUUGAAGGUGCUGUCUGGCUUGUGAAUUCGACCGGAAAUAUUGCGGAUAUAAAUGAUGCUUAUAGCCGAAUGUCAGGUUUAAAGAAUCUUUUUGCAACUACCGGAAAUCAUGAAUCGGCACCAGUCAAUUCUUUCCCCCCAAAAGCAGUCGGAGUCACGACUAAUCAAUGGGUCUAUGAUACCCUAUCCACAAAUUGGAUACCAUUUAUUGGCUCUACUGCUGCUUCCUCAGCCGAUAGCUUUGGUGCAUACUCGACGCUCCUACCAGGAGGGAACCUGAGGAUCAUCUCUAUUAAUACCAAUCUCUACUACAGAUCUAACUUUUGGCUCUACGAAGCGACGAUAGAGACUGAUCCUUCUGGACAACUAGCAUGGUUGGUCACUGAACUUCAGGCUGCUGAAACUGCCGGCCAAAGAGUUUAUAUUAUUGGACAUAUGCCUAUGGGCUCUAACGAUGCAUUUCACGAUGGCUCGAACUACUUCAACCAAAUCACUCAGAGAUAUUCCGCUACUAUUGCUGCUCUAUUCUUCGGUCACACUCACCGCGACCAAUUCCAAAUCACGUACAGUAACUACAACGCCCAAACUGCAGCCAAUGCCCUGGAGGUAUCCUACAUCAUCCCCUCCAUGACUCCUACAUCUGGCUAUCCUGCUUUCCGCGUCUACUCCGUAGAUCCAGUAACAUACGGUAUCCUUGACUUCACAACAUACAUCGCGGACUUCUCUCUCACCUCCUCCACGCAAUCAGCUCCAACUUGGAAACCCUACUACUCUGCCAAGGCUGCCUAUGGCCCUCUAGUAACCCCACCUCUCACUUCCGCAACCGCAGAACUAACUCCAGCCUUCUGGCACAAUCUCACCACCGUAUUUGCAAAUAAUCCUACUGCUUUCAAUCAAUAUAUUGCACGCAAAACAAGAGGGUAUAAUGUAGAAACUUGCACAGGUGAUUGCGCAACGGAGGAAAUCUGUCAGUUGAAAGCGGCGGAGAGUCAAUAUAAUUGUGCGACUAUUAAGCCUGGUAUUAGCUUCAGGAAGAGAAGUGAGGGGAGCGAUCGAUUGGAGAGAAGAAUUGGUGAUGUAGUGGAAACUCUUGGGGGAGAUUGUGAGGGUAGUGUGAUUAGGCCAAUUUUGACAAAGUUGGCGGCGCAAGAGGGAUUGCUGGAGAAGGCAUUGGAGAUGGCGAAGAUGAAGGCUAAGAAGUAG